GCUUCAGUCCACAGCUGGACACUUCCAGCUGUGGAAAUGCAGCGUCUUCGUGCGUGUGCUCUUUCCUCUCUGAUCUGGAUGUUUUGACGGUUUUGGAGGAGGUUGCACAACAGACAAGGAGCAAUCGCUGGGACCUUACAAGUUUGCAGAGCUCACGGAUGUAGCGCGUUUCCUGCGCCGUCUCCAGCAUCAUGGGUGUAGAACACAUCCAUCCGUAAAGGUGUGAGGAUGCUCUCGUGAGAACUGAAAGCGCGUAAUCUCCGGGAUCAUGCAGGUUCUGCAGUCUAGGACGUUACUUGUGCUCCUUGCCCACGCACAUGUGCUGUUUUCCCUGAGGAAUAAUGGAAGCAAAGACGACAGCAGCAGGACUUUCCACGGGUUGCCCCGAGAGGGUCGCAAGAGCAAAGCCUGGGACCGCGCGCUCCCCGCGGAGUACGCCACAGGUGCGUCCUCCUCCGCGAAGCUGCCCAUCAUCAGAGGGACCCUCAACUCCACACACCCCUGGAAAAAGAUGAUCAUGGGGGAAACGAGACGAGCUGGGCACAACAAGUUAAAUAGGAGCGUAACACCCGCGGAGGACCCCAGCGGCGUCUCGCGCUUGGAAGCGACGCGCCGCCAUAAUAAGAGGAUGAAGAUGAAUGGAGCUGUGAGCAGCACGGGGACCCCGGCAGGUGGACACUACAAUGCGGUUAAGCCUCCUUCAAUGGGUUUGGAGGAAGGAGGGUGGGCAGAGGAGGGGGGCAUAAGACAUACAAAGGAGGAGCAGAAAAAAGUAUUGAAGAGGGGGAGAACCAGGCAGAACCCGUGGGAACCCAUUCCAAGACCAGUGGCCCUCACCUCCACUGAUAUGCCCUUUGACCUCUUCACCAGGAGGCCAGAGCUUUUUACUUUCAGGGAGGAGAACCCGUGGGAUGCCACACCAAUCACUCCUCCGGGCUCGCAGGACUUUGGAGGAGAGAUCAAAAACCCCUUUUACCCUGUAACAAGCGACACUUUUGGCGCGUACGCCAUCACAAGCGUCUCGGGGGUCAUCUUCCUGGUGGGCAUCGCGGGCAACAUCGCCAUCCUGUGCAUCGUGUGCCAGAACUACUACAUGAAGAGCAUCUCCAACUCGUUGCUGGCCAACCUGGCUGUGUGGGACUUUGUGCUCAUCCUCUUCUGCCUCCCCAUGGUGGUUUUCCAUGAGCUGACCAAGUCCUGGCUGCUGGGAGAGUUCACCUGCAAAGUGGUGCCAUAUGUGGAGGUUGCCUCCCUGGGUGUGACAACCUUCACCCUCUGCGCUCUGUGCAUCGACCGCUUCCGUGCAGCCACCAACGUCCAGAUGUACUACGAGAUGAUAGAGAACUGCACAUCUACAACUGCAAAACUAGCAGUCAUCUGGAUCGGUGCCCUUCUCUUAGCCCUCCCAGAGCUCCUCAUUCGACAGCUGGUGACAGAAGACACGGGACUCCCUGACGAACCUCCGGUUGAACGGUGUAUUAUCAGGAUUUCCACUUCCCUUCCUGACAUGCUGUAUGUGUUGGGCCUGACCUACGAGGGAGCUCGGCUGUGGUGGUGCUUCGGCUGCUACUUUUGCCUUCCGACACUCUUCACCAUUGGAUGCUCGUUGGUGACGGCCCGCAAGAUUCGGCAUGCAGAGCAGGCCAGCGUACGCAGCAAUAAGAAGCAGAUUAGACUAGAGAGCCAGAUGAACUGCACCGUUGUGGCACUGGCAAUCGUCUAUGGGGCAUGUGUGGUGCCGGAGAACAUCUGCAACAUAGUUUCUGCGUACAUGGCUGCAGGCGUUCCUGAGCAAACCAUGUCCAUCCUCCAUCUUCUCUCCCAGCUGCUGCUGUUCUGUCGCGCCGCCGUGACUCCGGCGCUGCUGCUUCUGCUGUGCCGACCUCUGGGCAGGGCCUUCCUGGACUGCUGCUGCUGCUGCUGCUGUAAUCAUGCACCGUCCUCGGCCACGGCCAGUGACGACAACGAACAUGAGUGUACCACUGAACUGGAGCUGUCGCCGUUCAGCACUAUCCGCAGGGAGCUGAGUAACUACACACCUGCUGGCUCCAACUGCUAAACUGGCUGUCCUGAUAAGGUUUCACUGGCCGGCCUUCUGCCUCUGGCUGUGGUUUUAGUCUUUGCUAGGAGAGAUUUGCCUUACCUAGUUCACUUUAACUUCAUUUGUGCACUCAUUUAAAAAAAGGGAGAUACCAAAAAACAACACUCGUCAAUGAAUUGCGCUACAUCUUCACCUUUAUUUUCUAGGACCGCUAGGAAAAUCUUUUCACUCAUGACCAGUAGUGACAUUUAAGCAGGAGCAAUGGAUAUUCUUAUCAGUCCUGCCUGAAACCUUUAAGACUAAUCCUUCCCUCUGCAAGCGUUUGUAUCCCAGUCAGGAUACAGCUGGUCCGAUCGUAAAUCAUCCAGAUUCUGAAAAUGGAAGAAUAUUUAUUCUGUAAAGCUAUUGAACAGAAUGCCUACCAGUUUGUCAAAACAUUUCAAGAUAAAUGUUCUGCCACCACAAGUAAUAGUCAUUUCUGAGGAAACCCUGCACUAUUUAGAAUAAGCAAGAAAUGAUCAAUGCUAAUCACCUUAAAUUUGUGCCACUGAAGUUAAGGGGAUGAUUAAUUAUUGUGUGUACUAUCAUGUUAACUAAGGUACAGCAUCCAGCUAAACAUGUGGCCUCACACUGCCAGUAAAAGUACACAACUGUGUUUACAGAUUACAUCAGCUGCAAAUGUACAGCUUCAACAGUACAACGGUGCAGCUACAGGAACAAGGCUUUCAAUAAUUAAAACGGCACGGGGCAUUUCAGUGCUUUGACAGUUUACAGCAGGAAAAAACUAACAGGAAAAUUUCAACACUUAAGACUGGAUACUUUCAAAAAACAUCCUGAUGUUUCAGAAAUAACCGGAGCUGGUCUCAGACUGGUACAUACACGGGCAUAAUGGGAUUAAAAAUGUUUUUAAUUAACUACAUGAAACAGAAUUGGAGCUGAGUGACGCCAAAUGGAAUCAAAUGAAACACGACAAAUUGAACUGAAUGGAGUGAAUAUGGAUGGAGUGGUUCUUAAUGGCAAUUAACUAAAAGGGAUGGACUGGAGUAAAAUGGAGCUGCACUACACUGUUAUUGUGUUACGCCUUACACUUUGGGGGCUGUAUAUAUACUGUACACUGUCUUUGGUGCUCUUAUGAUGAAUGCACUGUGAAGAACCAAUCCAUAGGUUCGACUUAGAACCACAAGAAGCUCAGCCGCAUUGUUUGUUUCUGGUCAAGAAGACGGAUUACAGUCAUCUGCGACUCCGAAAUACAUGAACAAUGGAAAGAUUAAACGAGAAAAAUAAAUCACUGAAGAAAUUCAACUUUAUUGAGUUGCCACAAACAGUUUGAAGAUCUAGCCUUAAUUCAGAUUAGGUAGCACUUUAUUCUACAAUAAUUACCAAUGUUUGAAGUCACUGGUAGGUUUAAUAACUCUGUGGUUAGUUUGGUACAUUUUAUUACAGCAUAGAAUCACUGGAAAUUAAUUUAUUAAAGCAAUAAUUGUUACAUAAGAAAUAUACAGCUUCAUUGCACUGUAAAUACAAGAGAACUAUCAAUGAAUUGUAAAUAUGCUAACUUAUUAUAUAUUUAUACCAGUAAAAACAGUAGAAUUCAUCAUGAAUACAAAAAUGUGUUUUAUUUUUUUCUAAAUUGUAAAAUAAAGUGCUAUUUGUAUCUCUAAAGCAAGACCCAAACUGUUCAUUGAGCUCGUCUCCAUUGAUAAAAAUACAAAUUUACUGUUAAACAUCACCAAGACGCAUUUAAAUAUCUACAUUUUUACUGUGCUACUGAUGCAGGGCUUAUUUGCGAGCUUUUGUUAACAAAUGCUCGACUUUGUCAUUUCAAAUAUGUAAUGGUGGCUAAAAAGAAGUUUUGUCUGCUUGUUAAAAAGCAAGGACGCCUACAUUUUAUUGGUAAAUCUGCUACUAUUGUUAUAGCAACUUAUUAGUCCUGUAC